CAAAACAUGCAAGAGGUGAGAGGCUAACCAAAAACAAUUAUGGGUUAUAUACUCUUGUCCCUCCUCCUUGUAAUAUCUCAAUCAAGAACAACAACAACAAAUGGUAGUGAGGAAGCUUCAACACAUAGUAGUUAUGGCAGUGACUCUCUCAAUCGCACCAGUUUUCCACCCAGUUUUACCUUUGGCACAGCCUCUGCUGCUUAUCAGUACGAAGGUGCAGCAAAUGAAGGUGGUAGAGGUCCUAGCAUAUGGGAUACCUUCACGCAUAGAUAUCCAGGUGGAAAGCUAAGUGGUGGAGUGAACAAGGAAGGAGUCAAAUAUUACAACCACCUUAUAGAUGAGCUCUUGGGAAAAGGUAUAAAGCCAUUUGUGACCCUUUUCCAUUGGGAUCUUCCCCAAGCAUUGGAAGAUGAGUAUGGUGGUUUCUUAAGUCCAAAAGUUGUGGAUGAUUUCAAAGGCUUUGCAGAACUUUGCUUCAAAGAAUUUGGUGAUAGGGUGAAGCACUGGAUCACCUUGAACGAGCCGUGGUCAUAUAGCAUGAGUGGGUACGCAGUUGGUAACUAUGCACCAGGUCGAUGCUCUUCAUGGCUACAGUUAAAUUGUACUGGUGGGGAUUCAAGCACUGAGCCAUAUAUUGUAUCACACCACGAACUUCUCGCUCAUGCAACUGCAGUGAAUUUGUACAAGCGAAAGUAUCAGACAUCACAAAAGGGAAAGAUUGGAAUUACACUCAUAUCACAUUGGAUGGUACCUUUCUCAGAAGAAAGACAAGACCGUACUGCUGCACUAAGGGCCCUUGAUUUUAUGUUUGGAUGGUUUAUGGACCCUCUAACAACCGGUGACUAUCCACAUACAAUGCGGACUCUUGUGGGAAAGCGACUUCCUAAGUUCUCCAAAGAACAGUCCAAGAUGUUAAAAGGAUCAUUUGAUUUUCUCGGGUUGAACUAUUACACCGCUAAUUAUGCAGCAUACACACCAAACUCCAACAGUGUAAAUGCCAGUUAUUUAACAGAUUCUCAGGUUAACCUUACAACUAAGCGGAAUGGGGUUCCUAUCGGUGCGAUGGCUGCUUCAACUUGGCUUUUCGUUUAUCCAAGAGGCAUUUAUGAUAUUCUUCUCUACGUGAAGAAAAAAUAUAAUAAUCCGCUUAUUUAUAUCACGGAGAAUGGGAUUGAUGAGGCAAAUAAUGCUACAUUAUCACUUGAAGAAGCCCUUGCCGACAACACAAGGAUACAUUACUAUUAUCACCAUCUUUCUUUCCUUCUACAAGCAAUCAAGGAUGGUGCUAAUGUAAAAGGAUAUUUUGCAUGGUCACUGCUGGAUAAUUUUGAAUGGAGCUCGGGUUACACAGUUCGUUUUGGCAUCAACUAUGUGGAUUACAAAAAUGGUUUGAAAAGAUAUUCCAAACUUUCAGCCAAAUGGUUCAAGAAUCUUCUAAAAAAUGGAGACAUAUGAUUCAAAAUGUAAUUCUCCAAUCAUUUUACAUCCUUCAAAUGUAUUAGUAAAAUAAGUUAGAUUCUUCUCUACACUUUGUAAUGAUCUCUAGCAAUUUGCUUUUAAACAUAAUUUAAUGGUCACACAAGAAAGAGAUGUAACCGAAAUAAAUCAAUAACAGUUAUCAGAAAAUCUAUUACCUUUCACAAA